UCACUUUACGCUAAUCUCUUCUACAUGUAAAUUUUAAUCCACAAAGUUCACCCCAAUGUCUUCCAAAGCCAGAUCUCCAACCGCCACGAGCGGCGAAGAUCCACCGCCAAACAAAAAGCCGAAGCCUUCAUCGCCGACGGCGACAGAACCGACGUCGAUAUCCAUCUCGUCGCUUCCCGAUGAUUUGCUUCUAAACUGCCUUGCACGCGUCUCUAGACAGCACUAUCACAUCCUCUCCCGCGUCUCCAAACGUUUCCGAUCCAUCAUCGCCUCACCGGAGCUUUACGCAACCCGAUCGCGAAUGAACCGCACCGAGAAGUGUCUCUACCUUUACCUAAGCUUCCGUUGUGAUUCUAGAACAUUCUUGUACACUCUAAUCCGAAACGUAGCCAACAACGAGCCAAGCGGCUAUUCUUUGGCGAUGAUCCCGUCUCCAGACUCUUCGCUUCCUGCGCAGUCCUCGUCGACGAUUGUAGCCGUUGGAUCUGAUAUCUACAAGAUCGGCGGCGGUUUUAAUUCCAAAUGCAAAUUCUGGAAACGGUACUAUUCUUCAAGUGUAUCGGUGCUUGAUUGUCGCACUCACACGUGGCGCCAGGCUCCGAGCAUGGGAUUGGAGCGGGACUCAUCCUCCACAGCGACCUUGUUUGAUGGGAAGAUAUACGUAGGCGGAGGCUGUGAUGACAGAUACGUCAGUACCCUCAGGUUUAUGGAAGUGUUUGAUUUAGAGACACAGACUUGGGGCUUUGGUAUGAGGAACCCUUGUGUUUUCAGGUGGAGCGAGGAGGAUAGGGUUAAGCCCUUUGUAGCCAAAAGCUUAGUGCUUGAAGGUAAGCUCUACAUUUUCGGGGAUGAUGGCUCUGUGUACAACCCCGAGGAUAAUAGAUGGUGGGAUUUAGGAUGGGCUAAUUCUCGUAUGCGUUGGGCAGCAAAAGAGUGUCACUGCGUGAUUGACGAUGUCUUGUAUUUUUGGGAUAAAGGAGUGUUCAAAUGGUAUGAUUUUAAGACAGAUUCAUCGAAGGAACUGAAUGGUAUUGAAGGGUUGCCUGAUCUUGGCAGCAACGGUGAGAAAUGUAAAAAGGCAAUGGUGGAUCUUGGUGGAAAGAUGGUGUUUUUGUGGAAUGAGGAUCUGGGUUAUGAGGAGUGUAGGAUCUGGUGUGCUGAGAUUACGCUUGAAAGGCGCGGUGAAGAUGAGAUUUGGGGGAAGGUUGAGUGGUUUGAUUCCCUUCUUAGAACCCACCCGUCUUGUUCCGUGUUGGAUGUUGUUUCUGUUUCUGUUUAAUGGAUUGUCAUGAGAACAUGCUUUUUAGCGGUUAUCGUUGUGGUUCGUUUUCUUUGAAUACUUUUGCUUGUCUUUUGUGGUUUCCUAUUCUCUUUUAGUAUAUGUCUACGAUGAUUUUAGCUCA